AUGUAUCUUGUAGCAAUCAUAUUGAUCAGCGCCGUUUGUGGUAUCUUGCUUAUUGCCACCGUGAUUGCCAUCAUUGUCCAUGUAAUAAGAAAAAGAGGACCAAACUACAAUCAACAGGAUACAGAGGAUGCGAUCAACGACCCGACAUCUGGCUCAGUUAUUAACGCCUAUAACCCUAGACACUCCUCUGCUAUUACCAAUCCUAUGGACUCUAACCUUGAUGUUGCUCGAAAAAACAACGAUCUUUCGUCAUUUCAUGUGGAAAGUUCACCAACAUACGCAUCUAUAAAUAAGAAUCCAGGUCCAAACUAUGAAAAUACAUUUCCCACUGAAAGAUCAAACGUUCGUUCACCAGGGACAUACAUACAAUCACCAGUACCAGAAGCAGUGGACGAUACACAAGAAUCAGGGACCAGCGACCUUUACGCAGUUGUAAAUAAACCAAGAUCAAACCAGGGUAGCAAAAACAUGCUUACUGCAAACUCUCAAGUCGAACCAAUGAAGGGAAUUCUGAAGAACCAAACUCGUCACAAAAGUGACAAUGUGAAUAGGUUUGACCAAGCCGAAGAAACUGGAGCGGUCAAAUUUAAUAACGAUCACAUGCCUGAUUUGGAGCAAUACCCCGCCGAUCAGAAGUACACCACUGACAGUGAUGAGGAUAUUGACACGAUAAAUCCCAUCUAUGACAACCGCAUUGUAAAUGGGGCGGGGGGUGGGGACUGAAACAUAUUGAAUAAGGCAUGUGCAUAGGCAUGUACAUAUUAGCAUCUAAAUAGCGCUUUCUAAAAAUGUUUUGCAUAUAUACAUGAAAUAUAUAUCAAUAAGUGUGAUAGAAUAGUGGUAAUCAGAUAUAUAAAACUCUGUUUCACUUUCUAGCUUCAUAUCGAGGUAGUGAAAGAAAAGGUUGUUGUUUGUAUUUGCUUUUCUCAAUGACAUAAACAUGAUCAAUUACAUGACAAACAUUGGCACGGACAUACCGUGACAUUGGUAAACAAUUUAA